UGAAGGCCACGAUACUCCCACCUACUAGACUAUAUGGCUGUUCCUUGAUCCUUUGGGUGAUAUCUGCAAUUUGGACAGCAAGAAAUUUUAAAAACUUUUCAACAUCGCCAUUUCACAGCACAAGAAGUCAUGACUAAAGCUAUUGUCAAUGCUAAAAAGUGGAAGUUGGCUCAAGUAAUACCUGAAACCCCACCUCGAGUCUCAAACCCGCAAAGACAAGCACCGGAGACAACAAUCCUAUGUCGAUCAGAUGCAGCUUGGAACAAAAAAUCAAAGCAGCGGGAUUGGGGUGGAGUUUUUCAGUUAAUCAAAAUGAGAGGUAUAUCUCUCACAGUGAAUCUUUGAAUUUCGUACGAUCAUCUCUUUGAAUUUCGUUAAGUUAUAAUCAACUUUUAUUAGUUUUAUAUCAAUUAUCUUCGUUAUUAAACAUGAAAAACUCAAAAUCUCUAAAUUUAAACUAUAAUUUUGAGUGAAGACGAUUUCCGGCGAUGGAAAAAUAAUUUUUGGUAAUAUUUGUUUUAGUUGGGUUGGAUUUGUUCUCUUAUCAUCGGAAAUCGUUUUUUCCGUCGCUGGAAAUCGUUGCGGUCGCUAAGAUCAAAUCAAUUUUAAGCAGAUUUUGGUUUCAAUUAAUUUUGUAACCAAAUUUUCAUUUUCACUAAUAAUAUUUACCAUUUAGCAAAAAAGGAAAAGAAAAGCAUUUGACCUAAGUCUGCCUACAUUAUUGUCUUUUAAAUGAUCCGAAUGGUAUUUUUAACGGGCCAAGGGUAAGCUGUUGUAGUAUUGGGCCACUAUAAAGCCCACUAUAUGUUUACGGACACAUCUGGGCCAUAAAUGUUUAAGUACAAGGACAGAGUGAUCCAGGCACACCGGGUGGACGUCUUCCUCGUCUUCGUUUUUUCUUUUCUUACACUGAUCUCUGUAAACUGUAAUUGAUAUUAAAAAAAAAAAAACAUUAUUUCUUCCCGCGUCAGAAAUUUCGAAGGCCAAUCUUUACAUCUGCACUCCUCUUCUGCUCCUUUAUCAAAUCUAUUGGGGGAUCAGGUAACAAACAUCCCUUGUUAUGGUCUCGGAUCGAUUCUUCUUCUUCUCGAUCACUGUAAUUUGCAUUAUUUACAAUGAAAAAAAUGGUAACUUUGCGCGGAGGUAGUGAUCCAAUGAUAGAUGUUUUGCUUGUAAAGUUCUGACUUUUGUGUUGUUUGAUGAUCUGAAUUGUGAAAAUUGUAACGUAGGUUUUGCUUAAAGUUGAACUCUUCUGCUGCACUUUGCUCGAUCCGUCGAGCAAAGUAGUUCUAGAAGAAAAAAGACAUGGAUAAGAAUCUUGUGGAGAUGUUUAGGGCCUCUUUGAACUGGUUUACAAUGAUUCUGGAUGCUCCUUCAGCUAGAGUUGUCUUGUUCGGUGUCCGAAUCCAAGUGCUGCUGGCCCGCAUACAACGGUUGAUGGAAAAGACGUUGUGAAUUUUGCGUCAGCUAAUUAUUUUGGACUCAUUGGCCACGAGAAGUUACUGGUAAACUUCAAAAGGAAUCAUCAUGCGUUUAUUCCAUAUUCAAUAUGGCACUAUUGAUGUCCACCUUGAUUGCGAGACAAGGAUCUCGAAAUUUUUGGGCACUCCUCCUGACACGAUCCUCUAUUCUUAUGGACUUUCCACGAUGUUCAGCACCAUUCCUUGUUUCUGCAAACGAGGCGAUAUCAUUGUUGCAGACUUAGCAGUUCAGGAUAUGUGUUCUCUGCUUCUUUCCACCGUACCUUGCGAGUGCUGCUAUCACCGCCAUUGAUGUCAUCGAUCAAAACAAUGAUUUGUCAGUUGAGAUGAAACAGAACAUUGCUCUGUUAUGGAAAGGUUUGUCAGAUAUCAAGGGGAUGUCACUAGCAAGCGACCCUGAAUCACCUAUCGUCUUCUUAAAGUUAGAGAAAUUCGAGUGGUUCAACUAAAGAUGACUGGCUGAUCGUAACACUUUCUUCUUUGUAAGAACCGACAUAGUCCUUGUUGGUUUUGUUGACAUGACUAGGAUCCCCCUAUGCAGGCUCUGAAGGAAGACUCCUUGUUGGUUGUGAACUCUAAGAAGUCGUUUCUUGAUAAAUGCCGGUUACCUGUGGGGAUCAAACUCUUUGUCUCAGCGGGACACUCAGAUUCUGAUCUUAUUAAAGCAUCAGAGUCCCUGAAGAGACGAGCUUCUACUCAAAGUCCUAAUCUUUUUCUCUUUUCUUUUUUUGGUUUCAACCUUUUGUCCUACUUUAUACUCUUUCUUGAUGAUCAAGUAGCUUAGAGUUGUUGCAGACAGAAAAUUAUUUUAUAAUUUCAUCAAUAAUUUUCAGUUUUGUAGACUAAUGACAAAGCUGAGCUCCAUCUAUGUUAACAUGUGUCUGUCCACGCGCAUCAUGAUAUAUAACAACUCGUAACUUGUGUAACAAGAAAAAAAAAACUGUGACCUAAAAAAAGGAAGAAGAAUGAAUGGUUUUGGUGGGAAGGAGAGGUCUAGCUUUUCCUCUACGUUAUUGGCGCUGGAGAGAUUUUCGGACAAGUUUUUUUUAAUAUCCUUUUUAUCUUUCUCCUUCCUCUCAUUUUCCUCUUUGCAGAGGAAUAUAAAAACUUAAUAAAAAAAAAGACACUCCUCGUAGAGUGUUCCUCCCCCUCCCCCUCCCCUCGUGCCCCAUUCCCGCCUAUUCCAUCUAUCAUGUCUUCCAUCCAACAAACCGCAAUGAAACCAAGGAUGGGCUCUUUCAAGAAGAGGAGCUCUUCAAAGAACCUGAGGUACUCAAUGAAGAGAAAGUCAAGCAGCAAAGUAACCCCCGUGGAGAUCGAAGACGUGCACGACGCCGAGGAGUUGAAAUCAGUGGACGCCUUCCGUCAAGCGCUCAUCCUCGACGAGCUUCUCCCCGAGAAACACGACGACUACCACAUGAUGCUGAGGUUCUUGAAGGCCAGAAAAUUCGACCUCGACAAGACCAAACUCAUGUGGACCGAAAUGCUUCGCUGGAGGAAAGAGUUCGGCGCCGACACGGUCAUGGAGGAGUUCGAGUUCAAGGAGAUCGACGAGGUGUUGAAGUACUACCCUCAAGGACACCAUGGAGUCGACAAGGAUGGACCUGUGUAUAUCGAGAGGCUUGGUCAAGUGGACUCCACCAAGUUGAUGCAAGUCACGACUUUGGAUAGGUAUGUUAACUACCAUGUUAUGGAGUUUGAGAGGACUUUCAACGUUAAGUUCCCAGCUUGCUCCAUCGCUGCCAAGAAGCAGAUUGAUCAAAGCACAACUAUUCUUGAUGUCCAAGGAGUGGGACUUAAAAACUUCAACAAGGCUGCUAGGGACUUGGUUACUCGUCUUCAGGCGGUUGAUGGUAACAACUAUCCCGAGAGCUUGAAUAGGAUGUUUAUCAUCAAUGCUGGUUCAGGAUUCAGGAUGUUGUGGAGCACGGUUAAGUCCUUCCUUGACCCCAAGACUACAGCAAAGAUCAAUGUUCUUGGCAACAAGUACCAAAGCAAGUUGCUUGAGAUAAUUGAUGAAAGUGAACUCCCUGACUUUCUUGGAGGUACAUGUACUUGUGCUGAAAGUGGGGGAUGUAUGCGCUCUGACAAAGGCCCAUGGAACAAUCCAGAGAUCAUGCAGAGAGUUAAGAAUGGUGAUCACAAAUGCACAAAGAGAUCCCAAGCUGAAAACGGUGCUGAGGAGACCAUCUUUGAGGGAAGUGAAUCUACAGCAGAGCAGGCUCCUGGAGAGGAAAAGGAAAAGGAAAAAGAAAAGGAAAAGGAUUCAGCACAGCCCUCCACCUCCUCUGACAUUGUCCCUGUUGCUGCUCACCCAGCCUGGAACAUGCCAGAAGCUCACAAGUUUUCCCUCUCAAAGAAGGAAGUAUAUGCCAUCCAAGAAGCAUGCAACACUGCUACAUCCGACGGAGGGAGGUCACCAAUUUUCACAGGCGUCAUGGCCCUCGUGAUGGGUGUUGUCACCAUGAUCAGAGUAACCAAAAAUGUCCCAAGGAAACUAACCGAAUCAACCUUAUACUCGAGCCCUAUGUACUGUGACGAUGCGUCAAUGAACAAGAGUGCGAUGCAGUCAGAGAAAAUGAUGGUGCCUGCGAUCUCGGGAGAAGACUUCAUGGCCAUCAUGAAAAGAAUGGCUGAGCUGGAGCAGAAAGUGACCGUCUUGAGUGCACAGCCAACAACUAUGCCUCCGGAAAAGGAAGAGAUGCUUAACGCCGCCAUUAGCCGGUCCAAUAUAUUGGAGCAAGAGCUUGCUGCAACCAAGAAGGCUUUGGAUGAUUCUCUUGGUCGUCAAGAAGACCUCGUGGCAUACAUUGAGAAAAAGAAGAAGAAGAAGAAGCUGGGUUUUGCUUCUUGUCUGUACAGUUCAACUACUGGUGAAUGAGGAAUAAACCGUCUUGAAGAAGUAGAGGAUUAAUUGUUGAUUGAUAAUGGUUUAUUUUUGGUAUUCAAGGGUCUAAAUCAUCAACACCGAUGUAUUGUAAAAUCAAUUUCUUGUUUAUAUUUUAUUAAAGAAAUUUAACAAGAAAGAUAGGUUUGUUAUUUCUCUGUGUAUAUUAUACUUUCUUACAAAUACAUGUAUAUUAAUUGUAGUUUUAGUGUGCAUACUACUACUAGUUACUACAAACCUGAUAUGCCUACGACUAUUCUAAAAUCGUUCAGGUCUUUUUAAUUUACGAUUUUGGUAUGUUUC